AUGGAUCCUUUACAAUCCCCAGAUAAUGACCUCUCAACACCCACAGUUGUGACCAAUGAUAGGGGUGAAGUGCUUAUACAACUUGAGGGUAGUCAUACAACAUCUACGGAAACCGAAAGUCCAAAUCUUAAGGAAAGAAAAAUAGGAAUUAUAAAAGAAGUUUUAAUAAUAAAAGACGAGCUUAACAAGACUAAAAAAGAAGAUGACAACAAGGAUGAAUCGCAGCAGCACAAAAUUAUAGAGUUACCAGUUGAGAACCUGGAAAUAUCUCAACGUUUUCAACAAAUUAUGGAUGUUGAUAAUUUUACCAAAAAUUUGGAAAGUUUAGAUUAUCUUCAGCCAAACCUAUCACAAGUAAGCAGCAGUAACAAACCGCGCUCUGUAUCCACUAGCGUUAGCAGUGCUGAAGUAGUUGCGCGCCGGGAAUAUGAGGAAUUUUUAAAGCAGCAGGAAAUUGAGCUAACGAAACAGUGCUCAAGCAGAAAUGCUUGCAGUUUUGAUUACCAACCACAACGGGAAAAUACCUAUCAACCUUUAGUUGAGAAUAAACCAGAACAAAGCCCAUUGGUACCAGUAGUUGUUACUCGAGAGCCUUCUGUACCUCCCUUUAAUAUCAUUACUAUAGAAGCCAAUGCAACGCCAUCAUCAAUGGAUCUAAGACGUGCUCCCUUGUGUCAGCGAUUGUGGUCUGUAAUCGGAGAUUUCUGUACGGCCACCUUUUUAUGUUUACAGGUUAAUAGGGAUUGUAUAUUUUGUUUGGGUUUCUUUGCGGCAUUUGUUGUGAGCGCUUCUUUUUUGACAGCUUUCUUUUAUCAUACACUCAGUGUGAGUCCAUCGCUGUGGCAAACAUCAGGAAAUAUGAGGCUUUGAGAAGAAGAUGGAUUCAACUUUGGAUUUUAAACUUUGGAAAAAAUUAUUUUUGAAACUUUUGUAAAUAAACUAAAAAAAUCUUAUUUCUAAAUUAUUUUAUAGGAAUUGUCGACAACUUUAUUAUUAUAUAAAUGUUCUUUAGAAUUCAUUAUUAUUCUUAAAUAUUGUUUAAUUUUUUGUUGUCGACAUAAUUUUUGCUGUCUUUAAUUGUAUUACUUAAAUAAAA